UUAUGUGCCAUCCCAGGCUAGUGCCACCAAUGUCUGCUAUCAAAGUGCGGGCCGAGGCCGAGGUUUCUGUACGGCGUGUUGGUGGUGAUGUUUCGAAUAAAAAACAUUUGCUGGGGCAGUUCCGAAUUCAGUUUGGGAUAUUCAGGGGUGAAACCUUCCAGUGGCUUGCCUCAAAUGCAUUGGGCUAUGCUGCGUACCUUGCUGCUGAUUCAGAAAAAAGAGCCCACUUCAUCUUCAGCAAAUUAUUUAAACAAGAUGGCACUCAGGAACUAUUUAAAACUGUUCCCAGAGGGAGUUGAGGCAGUACAGAAAAAGAAAACAGGAAAAAGCCAACUGUCAAAGUACAAGCAACUACAGAGGUUCUGUCCAGCACAUAUGACCAAGAACUGUUGGCUGCAGCAGAACGAAUGGAAAAAGAGGCAAUGUGGUUUGGGAAAUAGUGCAUCCCAGAUCCACAAAAAGCUUCAAGAACAACAUAGCACAGAGUGGUACCAGAAGACCAUACAGUACCUGUCAGCAUGCAAGACUGUAGCAGGAGCUGCAUCAUCAGGGCUGGUUGAGGCACCACAUUUUAUCGAGCCACCAGUCAUGGCAAGUGUACCUGAAUACAGAUGGCUGAUGCAGGUCUACAUUCAGGAUGUCCUGCAGAGACUUCAAGAGGUGAAGGCGAACAUAACAUCAGUGUUUGGUCGUAUUCUCAAAGUUGAUUCAACAAAAAAGAUCACUAAAAAAUUAUCAGGACCAACAACGGGCACAGCAGAAUGGGCGACCAAUGUGGGUAAUGAGUACGGCCAAGUACUGAUGUCAGUUUUGACUGCUGGUGAAGGUCGAUUUGGGCUCAUGAGGAUGGCAAAGGGUCUGAUGAAGAGGUUUAGUGAUGCAGGACAUCCACCACCAGAGGUCAUCUAUGUUGACCGUGACUGCUGUGGUACGGCAAGCGGAUUGUUCAUGCGGAGGCUAAGCAGCUGUAUCUUUGCCUGGGACAAAGAUGAUCUUCAAGCGCAGUCGGUAGAGCACGAGACUCUUAAUCUCGGGGUCGUGGGUUCGGGCCCCACAUUGGGCGUUACAUUUUUCGAAGUUAUAAAAGGAAAUGUUCGUCAGUUUUACGAAAAUGUGGAGCCGGUCGCAAUAGUGCGUUGUUCACUUGAAACUUAUUUUUAACUAUACUAUACAGAUCGAUUAAAAUGAAGACGAAAACAAACUUGAGAACAAAAGUGUGUUCCGGUGCCGGGAAUCGAACCUGGGCCGCCUGGGUGAAAACCAGGAAUCCUAACCACUAGACUACACCGGAGACAACACGUCAUUCCUAUCGGGAAAUUGUGUAUAAUGAGGAUAAACGGAGCGGGAUGAGCUAUUUGAUGUGGAAAACGAUGUAUAUGUACGCAGCUGAUAAUAUUAUAGAUACAUGUCAUUUGUUUAUUUCUUUGUACAUAAACAGCAUGGAAAUCAAACAAAAAGUCGUUGCUAAAAGUGUCCGGUUGUUUUUCUCAAUAGAUUCCGUUGACAUGAAAAAGAAUAUGGGCUGGCUGAAAGAUUGAUCUAUGUUUAUAGAUAAUUGUCACAGUAUUUUGUUCAUUUAGUACCAGAG